AUGGGAAAAGCCGAGUUUGAAGCCGCUGCUCAAUGGGUCUCCAGCUUGCCUAAGGACGGUCCGGCGCAGCCCUCCAAUGAGGAAAAGCUGCAGACCUAUGGUUUGUACAAGCAGGUGACGGUGGGCGAUAAUAUUAUGAACUCGCAUUGAAUAUACAUUUUGUCGUACUUGCUCUAGUUUUCACUUAAAGAGUUGUACUCACUGCAGCUGCACUUCUCUAGGAUGAAUCAAUUUCUGUGGUCCUGUUCUGAGCGACGACAGACUCCAUCUUACAACUACAUCCAAAAACUGUCAUCUAAAAAUUGUGCUCUAUUAUGCUCACCACCUUUAGCUCUAACCUCACCACUUCCAAGCCUGGCAUGUUCUCCGGAUUCGAAGCAGGGUAUAAAUGGGAUGCGUGGACCAAGCACAAGGGCAAAACCACCGAGCAAGCCAUGGACGAGUACGUUGCACACAUUGAAGGGCUGAAGAAGAAGUAUCAGAACUAAGGGAUAAGGGGUUUUGGGCCGCAUCUCACCCUCCCACUCAAAUUUCAAACUUCAGUUUGUAUUCCGAUGAUACUAUGCAGGUCAAAAGGAUUGAAUCCGAUUCUGUACUUUUCUCUCGAGAGCAGUGAGUCUGUCUUUCACUGAGAGGGGGCGUCCUGGGCCGCUUCUGCAUGGGACGACCACGAGAAUCAAAAGUCGACUGGAAUCUCGUGUUGGGGAAUUCGUUCUUGAGCCACCGAUCCCGCUACGUCUGUGUAGCAAAGCUGCUCGUCAUCUGAAUCUUGUCUUGGUUCCCAAAAUCGCUACCAUGACCUGUGAUACAUGCAGACUUGAAAAACCUUGAUGAUUUGAUUCUUCUUGAUUCUACUCAUGUGGACGAAAUACAGUUGAAGGAGCAAUCUGCUUCUAUUGUAAAUCACCAAAGAGUGAUUGGGGGAGGAGCAAGUUACCCUAGCGCUAGCUCGAAGUUGAGGCAAGCGCCUAAUGAAUUCAAUGGUUUAUGCUACAAAAGAAAGAAAGAAACACGAGCGAGAAUUCUUGGAGAAAUUUCUAAUCGUAAUUGAUUCAGUGAGAGUGACCACAGCGAGCAACGUGUAUUGAUUCUGUGCAGAAUGGAGUAGCGGCUGCGUCUGCAGUAAACAACUCAAUAUUGAUUCUGUGCCAACAACUGCCAGAAGGAAAAA